CUCCAAAUACAGAGACUCGAAAACAGAAAUGCCAUUCGCUAUAAUCAUAGUACACUCACAGGAAUAUUUUCAGUCUAAAAUCGGUAGAAAAAUAAGAAUAUUCAGCCCCGGCCGAAAAAAAAAAGAAAACAAUAUUUUUGUAAAAAAAGAGUGUACUCUCUUUAGACACACGAAGAGAGCUUUUGAGCGUGACGAGUGGAAUAAUUUGGGAAAACGUGACCUGAAUCGCUCAGAACCCUUUGUGCGCGCGUCACAUCACAUCCUGCGUGAUUGACGUAAGCGUUGGUGAUUAUGCAAGAGAAUAAGGUGUUAAUUUUCGUUUACAAAAGGCAUUGCACAACAAGCGCGUUACAUGUAAACUACACACAGUACGUUCGUGUUGAGCAGAGAGCAAAUAGAGUGUAUUUUAGCAAAUUAAAUCCAACAUGCGCUGCACAAAACUCGAAGUAACCAUUUUGCUUGGUGUGGGAAUAUUUCUAAUCGGCACAAUUUCUCUGGUCGCGAUUACUGUACACAAAGUGUUUCCUGCGCGCGAGGAGCAAAGCUUGAAAGCCAUAAACUGUACAAUCAUUUCUGGUAAUAUGGAAGCUAGAGCAAAAUGCCAGCAUAAAGCACGUGAUCAUUCGACUUAUCCGUGCUUGAGGGUUUAUGUUUUGUGUGGAGCAGACGCGAACAGAAAUGUUUCUUUGGUGAAGGUGCAGCCCCAGUUGUUACGGAAGGACUUUCACAGCCUCCAGAAACAGUGCACCUAUGAACCGGAAGAGUGCCAUGACGAGACAGAAAAGGACUCCAAACUGUUGGUGUUGUUUCAAAGCCAGAGUGACAGCCCUAUUGGAUCAUCCCUACAAUGCUUUUACAACCCGAAAGACCCCGACCAAGUGGUCCGCAAGAAGGCUUCAAAAGAAAGCUACAACAAAAUGGUGUUGGACAAUGUGGUGUGGCCGCUGGCCGUUAUACUGCUGGCUGUUGUUAUCACUGCCGUGGCUGCUUGCUUCUUCUCCGCGCGACGUCAGAACGGUUAUGAAAGAUUGGACGGCUCAACAACAUCACUACAACAGACUCUCUGAAUACGGAGUACAGUGAAACAAAAAAGAUCUGGUCUUAACCAGUUACGACUUGAGUAAGAUGAGCUAAAUGUGAAAGUCGCGUUUUAGGCGUCUGAGAACUACGUAUACCCUGUGAGGUGAAAACUGCUCGGAGGUUAAGAACAAGCUGGGAAAGCUCUUCAGCCUUGAUUUGUUGAAAAACCCAAAAGACAGUUUUUGCUCUAAAAUUUGAAUCGCGAGCCUUCUUAAGAUCACGCAGUUAUUGUUUGUGUUGGCGACUAAAUAUUUCUUUUCUUUUAAAGGAAACUCAGAAUAUUUUCUUUUUAAAUUAUCUGGUAGA